AUGAAAACACUGUUUCACUUCCACUGGCAGUGCUCAGUGGAGAAAUAUUUGAAAUUUGUCAGUUUCUUUAUACUUUGCUUUAUUCGUCUUGAAGUGACUGCUGGUAGGAAUAAUUGCGAGGUGACCAAAGGCUCAGAAAGCUUCUGUACUGCAAUAACGAAAAUGAGGGCUGUCAGAGUGUCUCAGUUUGGAGGUCCCGAAGUUUUGCAGGUACUCAAGGAUGUUAAAGUCCCGACUCCAGCUGGCAAAGAGGUGUUGAUUAAAGUAAAAGCAGCUGGUAUCAACCCAGUGGAUACAUACAUCAGGUCAGGAAAUUAUGCAAGAAAACCUUUCUUACCAUACACACCUGGAGGGGAUGGAGCUGGUAUUGUCCAUGAAGUUGGCAGUGAUGUCUCAAAAUUUAAGGCAGGAGACAGGGUUUGGUUUUAUGGAAGUUUGUCUGGCUCAUAUGCUGAAUAUUCUUUGUCAAGUGAAUCAAAGUUGUUCAGUUUACCAGACGCUGUUGACUUUGACAGAGGUGCUGCCAUUGGAGUUCCAUAUUUGACAGCAUAUAGAGCCCUCUUUCACAAAUGCCAUGCUAAAGCAGGGGAAACUGUGCUCAUACAUGGUGCAAGUGGUGGGGUAGGAAUAGCUGCUUCACAGCUAGCAGUUGCUGCGGGGCUGCGUGUUCUUGGAACAGUUGGAUCGGCUGAAGGAAAACAGAUCCUAAAGGAAAAUCAUGUGCAUGAGGUUUUCAACCACAGGCUGGAAGGAUACGUGGAUGAGAUCAUGGCUGCCACAUCUGGCAAUGGAGUCGACAUUAUUAUCGAAAUGCUAGCAAAUGUGAAUUUAGGCAAUGAUUUGAAGAUGCUUGCAAAAAAUGGGAGAGUUGGGGUCAUUGGGAGUCGUGGAGUAGUAGAGGUAAACCCACGUGACGCGAUGGCAAGAGAGGCAUCAAUACAUGGAGUCAUGCUAUUCAAUUCAAGCCAGAAUCAACUGCUUCGCGUUCAGACGAAGUCCGAGAGAAUUGUCAAAGCACAUUAGGCCAAUAUUGUUUAAAAAAUUCUUUGUUUGAAAUAAAACGUCACAGAAAUGGCAAACAAAGUAGGGGAAGCUGAAAAGGACUUAUCGUAUGUAUGGAAAGUAUGUAAAGUAGUUAUCGACUAUAAGGCAGCAAAUGUGGCGAAAGGUCUUGAUUGGGAGACGGUGAAAACAAAAUAUGUUGAAAUAGCCACUCGUUUUCAAGCAAGAUAACCGAAAGCUGAUUCUGGAGUUAAUCGUGAUGAAUAUCCCAAUUGUGAAAGUCCAGAUAAAAUAAACAAAGCUAAGAUAGCCCCUAAAAUUAAACGAAUCAAGGCCAACUUUAGGAAGGCAGUUGAUAGUGGAAGAAAAAGUGGAGGAGGCAGGAUAGUUAUGGCCUUGUACGACGAAUGUCAUGAAAUUUGGAGUGGAUCUCCAGCUGUUGAAAGCCUCCCUGAUGGGAUUGAGAGUACCUCGUUGCUGGAAAGAGAUUCACAGGAGGAGUUGUAUGACAAUUCGAGUUUGACGCCAUUCGAGUCUGCCAGUGCCAGUGCCGAAGGGUUAGAAAGCGACUCUUGAUUGAUUUCAGGUCAGAACUUGAUUUCCAUACAGAUCCAAAAAAAAUAUGGGUGAGGCUAGUAGAAGUCUAGUCAAACAUUUCCAAAUAAGCAGAAACUCUAAAUUGACAAAACGUAUCUCUGCUGAUGCACAGUUGCUUGACAUUGCCAUGGAAGAAAUAGCAUUAAAAAGAAAGUUAAUGGAAAAGAUGGAUGAAGCUGACAAGCGUUUUGAAAACAGCAUUCAGGGAAUUGCCAACAGCAUUAACAGUUUGACAGCUGCAAUCACUGGCGGUUUUAAUUUAUUACAAGGAAUGCUUAAUGCUGGAGCCUACCAACAGCCAUAUCAACAGAGCCAUCCUUACAUGCAGAACUAUGAACAACAGAGGCCUGAUUAUGGUGGCCAAACAGCUUAUAGAGAUAUUAUGUAAAAUUUUAACUUUGUUUACAUCAGCUUCCUUGUAAAUUGAAUUCAUAACUUUAUUUUUCUUGUCACACUUCAAUUAUCUACUUAUACUUCAUCUAUGAUUAUUUUUGUUUCUGGUUUAGUUUAAUCCACAUGUUUUGAAAUUCCUUUGCUCUGUUUUUUAAGCAUGUCUCUACGAACGGAGUUCAUUUAGUUAGAUGUUAAUAUUUGAGAAUCAUAAUACCGUGCAGAUGAAUUAUUGAAAUGGAAACAGAUUCAAAAAGAAAAUAUUUGAUCAAACCAUCCUACAAAGUGCAUCUCUAAAAACAAAAUAUAUAAAAGCAAUAAGGAUUGUUCAUUACUAUCAGAAUAAAAAGCGAUAAUAAUAGAACAAAAUUUAUUUUCAAAGAAACUCGGCUUUAGGAUCACCCAAAAAUUAUCAAAGUUCAUCAAGUAGAAUUUCUUCAGGAACUUCUUAGUUUUAGAAAUGUUAAAUUCUAUGACUUAGAAAUGUUCAGUGAAGACACCUGAAUAAUUGCUUGAAAAUAUUUAUUUUUAGUUUUUAAUAAAAAAAGAGCCAAUGUGGGACAAAUUUUGCUUGAGCAUAAGUAUAUACUAUCUGUUUGAAAAAGUUUUCACCUCAUGUUCCAAUAUCACAUAAUGAUUUUGACAGUUAGAAGCAUUCUAACAGCCAGGAAUUAUCUGAUUGUUUGUGGGGCUUGUGGUAUUUUCAGUUUUUUCAUGGAGGCGUUUACUUCAAUCCACCCUGUUUUCUUCUUUGCUUUACUUGCAAACUAUCAAAUGUGAUUUUGAAGCAGACUAUAUUGCUUUUUGACUAGUAUAAGUGAUUACCGUAUUUCCUCUAAAUAACGCUGCUGUGUUUAUAACAAACUCCAAAUUUGUACGCGCCGUUCAAUAGAGGUCAGCGUUUGUUGAAGAGCAGCAUUCAACACAAAAUGAAAAGUUUGUCAAAUGACAAGAAAAAGGUGAUGAAAAAAGAUAAAAACAGACUUUAAACAAUAUUCUCUUUUUUCAAAAACACGUAAUAAAGAUUGUGUGAACAAUUUUUAAAGUUUACUUUAUGUUAUUUGUAAUUUUGCUAUGUAUUAGUUGUAAUGUAAUUGUAGUAAGAUAUUGUAAGUAGAGGAAUAUUAAAAUAUAAAAGUUUAACUGGACUGGACAGAACACUGAUUUUUGCUUCAUAUCUGCAAAGAACAAAGUCAUUUACUCAAAAUAUUUUGUAAAAAUAUUUCAAAUUCUCUUUCCACUUGCUUCAUCUUUACUUCCCAAAGUAUACCUGUUUCUCAGCGAUGGGGGGCUGCAAGUCAUGGUCUCGGCGCACAUCUGCCAAGACCAUGACUUCAUCUGCAAUCCUCUCCUUUUGCUGCUCACAAAAGUUGUGUAGGACAAAGCAUGCAUAGAUGACAUAUUGCAGAUCUGGCAUUUUAAUAUCCAUUUCUCUCUUAAAGGCCCCAAACCGACCUUUCAGCCUUCAAAAAGCACAUUCCAUUGUAGUUCUUCCUGAAGAAAGCUGCCAUCCAAAAAAUUGCUCUUAUGUAGUGUUUCCUCCACCUGGGUAUUCCUUCAUCAGAUAUGGAAGAAGCGGAUAGGCUGGAUCCCCAAGAAUACAUAUGGGUACUGGUUCUUCUUCAUCCAAUAUCUUUCUAGGAAAACUUGGUACUUUCCCAUUUCUCAGAAGCUCAUUAAUUCGAGAGUUUGCAAAGAUUCUGGCAUCAUGGACUUUUCCAGGCCAUUCUACAACCACAUCAAAGAAACAAUAUUUAUAAUCACAAACUGCUUGGAUGUUAAAGGAGUAUCUGUUUUUUCUGUUGAUGAAAUCAGUCGGAUUUGUAUUUGGUUGCUUGAUCAUGCUUGCCAUCAACAGCCCCAACGCAUUGUGGAAAACCAAACUUUUGCUCAAAGUUUCUUGCCAUAUGGGAAACCUCCUCUUCAGUUGUUGGCAUCCUUAUGUAAACUGGACCCAUAUGUUUUGUUAUAGCACAGCACACGGCUCUAACAAUUUUUGAAACGGAAGCUCUUGAGAUACCAAAUGCCUUUGUCACCUUUCUGUAUCUUCCCUCGUCACUCAAGUAAUACAGUGUAACUGCAACUUGUUUCUCGACAGUUAUGGGUUUUCGUAGGUGGGUGGUCUGCUUUUCGAUGAAAGGUCCAAGCUUAUUGCAUAGGACGUAGAAACUGUCCCUGCUCAUGCGAAAGUUUUCUCUCCAUUCUUCUGGGACAACAAUGUUUCGCGUAAAAUUACUCCACCAUGCUCCUGUUCUACCAGGUUUCUCCCAAAAGCUUCUCGUGACAGUCUUUCUUUAGGCCUUUUAAUGAAACGGUUGAUUCUAGAAAUUUUUACUGACCUGUUGUUGAUUUGCGCAGUCAACAAUUUCUUCUGUCGUCUGUGGGAAUACGUUAAAAGAAUGGCCACGAUUUCAUUGAAAUUUGCCGCUGCAGCCAGUCCAGAUAAAAGAAUAAUCAGCGCUUUUGACGCAUUUGAGAUUAUAACGCAUUAGAGACAGGUUAUUCAAAAGACAAAAAAGGUUUGAUGAUCAAUCAGUUAAGAAUUUGUAUAAGAAAUUCAGGAAUCGGGCUAAAUCUGCUUUAAAAGAGAGCAAAGCUUCUUACUUUUAUAGUUAUUUUCAAUCAAAUUGUAACAACAUAAAGCAAUUAUGGUCCGGCAUUAAGUCAAUCAUAGAUAUCAAGAAAUGAAAUGCAAAUGUUAUAGCGAAGAUGAAAGACUCUAAUGGUAAUAUAACAUCUGAUCCAGCUGUAAUUGCAGAUAUCUUCAAUAGGUUUUUGUUGAUGUCUCUCACAAUGUUACUAAAUCAAUAUCAAGAUCUCAGAAUUGUUUUAUGGGUGAAAGAAACAAUAAAUCAUUCUUUAUUUCUCCGUCUGUCUCUUUUGAAAUAUGUGAUAUAAUCAAUCUGCUAAAAGAAGGCAAACCUAUAAGGCCAAACAGUAUUCCAACUAAAAUUUUAAAAAUUUUAUGUUUUCUUAUAUCCUCUCCAUUGUCUCAAAUCAUAAAUGAAUCAUUUCAGUGUGGCAUUUUCUCUGAUAAAAUAAAACUAGCAAAAGUUAUUCCCCUGUUCAAGAAAAGUUAUUCUGCUACAACAUCUAAUUAUAGACCGAUAUCCCUUUCGUCAGUCGUCAGCAGAAUUACAGAAAAAAACUAAUGUAUAAACGUCAGUAUAACUUCUUAGAACAACACAAUGUUCUGUAUUCACUUCAAUUUGGUUUCCGUGCAAGCCAUUCUAUAAACCAUGCACUCAUUAGCAUGACAGAGAAUAUAAAGGAAAAUCUAGACAACAGAAAGUAUGGAUGUGGAAUUUUUCUUGGUCUGCUAAAAGCGUUUGAUACGGUAAAUCAUGAAAUUCUUUUGGGAAAACUUGAACACUAUGGAAUACGUGGCCCAGUUUUUAACUGGUUUAGAUCCGAUCUUACUGAUAGAAACAAAAUGCCUCUGUUAAUGGUUUCAGUUCUAAUUUACUUAGCAUCACAUGUGGGGUACCACAAGGCUCUGUCCUUGGUCCUUUGCUAUUCCUUAUUUUCAUAAAUGACUUGCCUAAUUCAUCUAAAAAACUUGUCUUUUAUCUCUUUGCUGAUGACACUAAUAUAUAUUUUGAAGCUGAUGAAUUUGGUGAACUUGAAAAAGUUGUCAAUAAAGAACUGGGUUAUGUCAAACAAUGGCUUGAUGCUAACAGGCUUUCUUUAAAUAUUAAGAAAACUAAUUUUAUAAUUUUCAGGUCACACCAACGCCCUUUAACAGACAAUACGAACAUAAAAAUCGGAACACAAAUCAUAAAACAAUCUCAAUAUGUUAAAUUCCUUGGUAUUCUACUUGAUGAGAAUCCUAGCUAGAAAUACCAUUCAAGUGAACUUGCUAAGAAGUAAGCUAGAACUUGUGGCAUAUUUAUUAAGAUAAGACAUUUCGUUCCUGUUGAUGUGUUAUUAUGUCUCUACAACUUUUUGUUCGCUUCUUUUCUCCAAUAUGGACUUGUAGUUUGGGGUUUUACCUAUGAAAUCCACAUUGUUUUCUUAUUGCAAAAAAGAGUGAUCAGAGCUCUUGCUUUUCAAAGUUUCUGUUCUCCUUCCUCACCCAUUUUCUCUGACUUAAAAAUCUUAAAAUUACAAGACUUGUUUCAAUUAAAACUUCUAUCCUUUGUUUAUGAAUGUAUCAAUAGAAUAUCGCCUGUCUGCUUUCAUUCGUACUUUGAAUCAAUCAAGUCUAUUCAUCAACAUGAUACUUGAAAGGCUUCUAAGAACGAAAUUUUUAUAACUCUAAAAAACACCCUUCAAUAUGGUUUAAAAUCUGUCCGUUUUUCUGGUGCUGCAUCGUGGAAUAGCAUUCCUACAGACAUCAAAGAAUCUGUAUCAUUGGUUUGCUUUCGUUAUAAAUUGAAGUCAUAUCUGCUUGCAAAGAACAUUAACAGCUAAUCCUUGAAAUUUCUUCACUUCCCACUUACAGAAAUUUGAGUUUCAUUUUCGGUAUUAUUUGUUUUGAUAUCUUUGAAGUGCUGAAAUAUCUUAUGUAUACUAUAGAGGGGCCUCUCUCCUCGACUAGCUUUGCUACUGAGAGAGUUCCUCCUUUAAAUAAUUCCUCAUACUUACAUAUCCCACCGAUAAUUUGUGUUCCAUAUCUUAUUGUUAUAGUUAUUGUUUGAUAUUUGAUGUUGCUGUAUUUUUAUUAGUAUGUUGUGGAAUUUAAAAUAAAAUGAACCUGAACCUGAACUAUUUAUGACCUUUUCCCUGAGCUCGUACAUGUCCCCGCAAAGUAAAGUCAAAACGACGACGACGUGCAGAUUGGUGAAAAAACGAUUCUGUUUAGGAGAAAUGAGAUUUGGCACCACCUCGCGCCACCUUCUUUCUUUUUAUUUAAAGAGCCUCGCUGUAAAUCAAAAUCAACCUCGCAGCGGAUGUGGAUAAAAUUGAUCCGGAUAAAACCGUUUACACUGUACCAUAUAGCAAUCUGAAGUAAUUUAAUCCACUUUCCUAGGUGAACUAAUUUUUUCCGGAUAGCCGCUCUCAAAUUCGUGCGGAUAGCGUGGGUCUAGUGUAAACGGGAGCCCUAUCUGAACUAAUUUUGAUGCGGAUAAAAUUUAUCCGGCACAAUGUAAAAGGAGUUAAAAGGAGAGGAUGCUUCUCGUCAUUAGUUAUGCUCAAAGGCCCAUCAAUAUCUUGAAUUUGUAUUUUUAUAUAAAAUAUACAAAAGUCUC